AUGAGCAUUUUUGAAUCUCAGAAUGCAAUUCAAGAAAUGCGUAACGCCAUAGGGAAAUCAGAAAAUCUCUAGAAUAUUUACAAGGAAGUAGUUAGUCCUUCUGAACAAUCCAAUUAAAGGUUGCUAUAUGAUGCAAUUACUAUAGUUAUUUUUCACCUAGUCAUAGUUAAAUGGUAGUCGAUAAAGAAAAGGUCUUGAUCAAUAAGUACAGCAAUCUGCUCACGACUCAACCAAUAGGGUAACCCUUCUUUCAUGAUCGUAGAAUGACGCAAGUCUGGAAGAGCAAUGGAUUAAUAAUAAUUACAAUGAUCAUACGAUUCCUGUAUACGUUGAAGUUGCAGACGGAAUCCAUGAAGUACAAACUCUUAAACAAGAGGAUCUUCGCCAUGAUUUAGGAUUUGUCGUCUGACUACCUGAACAUUGUGCGUCAUAGGAACAAUAAGUAUCAAAUCAAAGGGAGAUCAGAAUUGAGAGUUCAUUACUCCCUCUUUAAAAAGCAAUUGAGAGCCUUGCUUGAUUAUUAUGGCAGAUUCAUACCGAUCUUCUAACCGGAUCAGAAAUUCAUCAUCUAUUAUGAACUCUGUCUCAUGAUAUCGAUAACGGUGAAUCUAUUUUACGUUCCCAUCAACAUCAGCUUUCUGAACCAAGGAGUAUCCAUACCAUUUGAUGCAAUGCCCACCAUCUUGUAACUGAUAUGGAUCUUCAUCUCAUUCAAUCUAUCAUUUUACGAAGACUAAACAUUACAGAAGAACAGAAUUAAAAUAGCUAGUAAUUAUCUUAAGAGUCAAUUUACAUUCGACUUCAUUAUCGUCUUUACGCUCUACUUCUAAAUACUAUAUGGCUAUUUCGUGCCCCUGAUCUCCUUUGUAUUACGAAUCCCUAAAUUGAUAAGGCUGUUGGAUCAAUUCGAAUAUAACACCAAUUUCAAAGAGAACCUGGCAGCCAUAAUAGACCUCAUGAAAUUGAUUGUCAUGCUCAUUUUCAUCAUCCAUUGUUGUGCCUGCAGUUGGCAUUUCUUGGGUGUCUACGAGAAGGAGUAUUCCAUCAUUGGGAAGAAUUGGUUGGACUAUUACGAUAUCGGCCAUUUGAGUUGGAUUGAACAGUAAAUAAUAACAUUUAAUUAGAGAUACAUUGCAUCUUUAUACUUUAGUGUAAUUACCACACUGACUGUUGGCUAUGGGGACAUCACUCCUUAAUCAGCCUAUGAAUAGCUCUUUGUUAUUUUUGUAGCCAUGAGUUUAUGCGGAAUGUUGGGGUACACCAUAACCAACAUCGGAGAAAUCUAUAGAUCCAUGAAUGAGAAGAAGAGACAGUAUAAGACCCAGAUGAAGGCCAUUGAGUAAAUCAUUAGACAAAGAAAUCUCAACGACAAACUCUCAAUCAAAGUCAGAAAAUACUAUCAGCAUCUCUUUCAAUAAGAGUAGCAAGAGAACUCUCAAGGAGAACUACUACUCACCAAAUUGACUCGCAAUCUGGAAGAAGAAGUCAUGAUCGAUACUUAUAAAGCCACUCUCAUGAACUCCUAUUUGUUGAGGCAAUUCAAGGAGUCCACCAUUGAGCAACUGUGUACCAAAGUUAGAGUCCAAAAAUUACAACCUGGAGUUGAACUUGUCAAGGCAUAGCAAUUUGCUGAUCAGUUGAUUUUUCUAUUGAGUGGAGAAUUAACCUUACUAGGACACAACUCCAGAUAACCCAUCAUCCUUAAACAACUUACUCAAGGCACUGUGAUUGGAGAGUAGGAAUUCACUGAAUAAGGGUUCUAUGAUUACAUUGUACUCAGUCAAGGAUAUAGUAAGAUUGCUACCAUUUCUAGAAUUGCAUUUUAUGAAAUUUUAUAAUAUGAUAGAUAAGAAUUUGAAAAGAUGUGUAAAAUUAGAGAUUAAUAUAAAUUUAGUGUCAAGAAAAGAAAUGUCAUUGGAAGAACUUGUGAAAUCUGUGGGUGGACGCAUGGAUAUUUGUAAUGUCCUAUGACAUUUUAUUAAGUGGAUAAGAUGAAGUUGCUCUCUAAAUAUAGACAGAAUGUAGAAUAAGAACGAAAAUAUCUUAAUGAUUUUAGGAGAACUCACAAAUAUAAUACCCUAUCUUAAUUACAAACUGCUUAAAAUGCUUGUCUCGACUUCAUGAUCAGCUAGAAAAUACUCGAUGAAAUGUAUCAAAUUUAUUAAGCUUUUCUAUAGACCAAAUUAAGAAUAAAAUGAUGAUUCUAACUACAAGUUGAGAUUGAAUAUUCAUGAUGCUGAUUCCUAAAACUUAGACUCUAGCAAAUCUCUCUAAGAAGAGACCAAAGGCAAUCAAGCUAGUCUCUAAAAAUCCCCUAUUAAAACCACCACUACUAAAUUUCAGUUCUUCUCUAAAUAAACGGAUCAAUCACGAGAUCAACUCUAACACCCCUUAUUUCAAAGAAAAAGUAUCAAAAAGCAUUCCCUCGUCAUUGAUAAUCCUAGUAAUACUAAAAAAGAGGAUGACCUGAAGACUUACAUAGAAGAACUCAUUUAAAAAUUGAGUGUUAAUUAAAAAGAAAAAGAAAGGGAAAAAUCAUUAAUCCAAACUCAAAAUAAAAUUACAACCUAUAAUCCAGAUCUAGAGUUUGAGGUAAUGCAAUCUUAUAAGUAUUAUUUCCCUCAGUUUAACAUUGACAAUAUAAUCGAUAGAGUCAAUGUUACUUAUGAUAAAUUCAUGCAAAAAAACAAGAAAAAUCCAAUACGAAUAUUUGUAAAUAGAAGAAAAUUAAAGAGAAAAAUAAUUAUUAAAGACUGA